AUGGGGGAGCUCCAGGGAUGUUACGAUAAUCCUUUCCUGAAUAACUGUCCGAUUGCGCAGGCAGCAAAUAGCUUCGAUUUUCUUCAGCAAGACAAAAGCCUCGCUCAUGGUAGAGCAAUCUCCUCAAAGGAACGGACCACCCAGAUUAAUCUGAGGCUGCCUGGCGCAAUUUUUCAGAGAAAUGAUGUUGGUCGGAGAAACGGUGGUUAUGCACCGCCGCCCCCAGUUGUUCCUGAUUCGGACGAUUUCUCGAUCAACUGCAACCCCCAUCCCAUGAAGCUGGUCUGGGCUUUGUAA